AUGGAAAACUGCACCGGGGUAAGAGAGUUUGUCUUCCUUGGCCUAACCCGGGAACCAGACGUGAGUGGGCUCCUGUUUCUCCUCCUGCUCCUGGUGUACGUCACAACCCUGCUGGGAAACCUCCUCAUCAUGGUGACCGUGACCUGUGACUCUCACCUCCACACCCCCAUGUACUUUCUGCUCCGGAAUUUGUCUAUUGCCGACAUCUGCUUCUCCUCCAUCACGGCUCCCAAGGUGCUGGUGGACCUUCUGUCAGAGAGAAAGGCCAUCUCCUUCCAUGGCUGCCUUGCUCAGAUGUUCUUCUUCCACCUCAUCGGAGGCGUGGAUGUAUUUUCUCUCUCCAUCAUGGCCUUGGAUCGGUACGUGGCCAUCUCCAGGCCCCUGCACUACGUGACCAUCAUGAGCAGGGGGCGCUGCUCAGCCCUCAUCGCGGCCUCCUGGCUGGGGGGCUUUGUCCACUCCAUCGUGCAGAUUUCCCUCUUGCUCCCUCUCCCCUUCUGUGGCCCCAACGUCCUUGACACUUUCUACUGUGAUGUUCCGCAGGUCCUCAAACUUGCUUGCACUGACACCUUUGUUCUCGAGCUCCUGAUGAUUUCCAAUAAUGGGCUGGUCACUACUGUGUGGUUUUUUUUUCUGCUUGUGUCCUACAUGGUCAUUUUGGUGAUGUUGAGGUCUCACACGGGUGAGGGCAGGAGGAGAGCCAUCUCCACCUGCACCUCCCACAUUACAGUGGUCACCCUGCACUUUGUGCCCUGCAUCUACGUCUACGCCCGGCCGUUCACCGCCCUCCCCAUGGAUAAGCCCGUCCAUGUCACCUUCACGGUCAUCUCCCCGCUGCUGAACCCCGUGAUCUACACCCUGCGGAACCAUGAGAUGCAGGCAGCCAUGAGGAGACUCGGGAAAAGAGUUGGACCUUCUCAUGAAAUGGACCAGUAG